AUGGCAACUAAUAAGCGCAAGGAGUCUCGUUUACCUAUUCCUGGGGUUGCAGAUUGGAAUCCUGCAGAGCCAGUUUCCUCUACGCUCGCAGCCAACCUUGCACCACACCUUUCAUCACAGGGUGAUGGGACGCUUGGUCUAACUAAAGAGGCAUUUUCGCAGCUCCGGCAUGAGUUGCUUGAGGGGAAAUAUAGUCAUCUUCAGCUUAAUGAUAGUAUCACUGAUGUUAAGAAACUGAUUUGCAUCGUGCUGAAAGCAGGUCUAGAGCCCUGUAUCAGAGAUGAUAGGUCGGAAUUGCAAGGUCAACUCCUGGACUGCUUGGACAUCGUCCAAAAUGCUGUUGACAAAGCCCCAUUAGCGCUUUUGGAGAUGCCAGAGCCAGAAGUUCUGGGAAAGGAUGCAGCAAGUCCCUUGUACUCGUGUCUAGUCGUCUGGCUAGUCCAUCUAUUCUGUACCUGGGACAGUGAGCCUGUCGAAGAUAGAAUCGGUGGCAUCCUCGCAAGUAUGUUCAACGCUUCACACAAUCAUACGAAGCUAUGGUCUUCGUUUGUUGGUAUUACUGCCUUUGUUUGGGCCUGCACUACUGAACUCCUUGAUGCUCUUGACGCCUAUCAGUCUCGAGCUCGGCUUACCCAUGUGGCCGGCUCCCCUGUAGUAUACCCGAAGCAGCCCUGUACUUUGGAUCUUGACAGACUUGGCCUGCGCUGUGGAUCUCUGAAGAAAUUGAUCAGACUUGAGAGCUGCGCUCAAACAGUCCGUCUAUGCCUUGAUAUGCUCACAUCUACAAUCAAUGCUCACGUUUCUUAUAAUAUCCCCUCUAAACGACAGGAUUUGGCAUGGCUCUCUAAUAUUUAUCGGCGCUUGUGGAAGCUCGCUGUGCUUUGGCACUCCAAAUCAGAUACUGAGGACGUCACAAACCAAGUGCCGACCUUUUCACAGUUCCUGAGGUUCAUAAAAAGAUUUUGUGACCAUGUUCCACAUACAUCAGCGAAACAGAGGCUAGCAUACAUUUUCCUCCAGACAUUCGCAGAAACCUUUGCUCUAGAAAUGCUAAAUCAGGCUUCUGUUCUCCAAUUAAGCCUAAGCCAUGCCAUUGACAGCUUCAUUAAGGCUUUCACAUCCGAAAAGGAUAUAAUGCAAUCAAUGGGGGCUACUGUGCUACCUAUCAAGAAUAACCUCGCAUUGUUCAGUUCAUUCGAUACUUGUCUUCAGGCUGCGAUCGAAUGCUCCCUCGUACAUUGUCCCAUGACUUACAAUUCCAACGCGAAAGGUGCAGAGGCAGCUUUCUGCGGGGGGCAUUCAACGGAAUUGGUAGCUAUUCACGAAUUUCCGGGUUCUGACCACUCUUCCAUUAGUGGUGUUGGGGCUGUCCGGAUGGCCAAACGUCGCUGUCUCCCGCGAUUGGAUGCCUACAGAGAAGGCCAAAAUGGGGCACAGAGGCUUAUAGCCAAGUCACUUGAACUACUCGGCUGUGAUCGGAGUGGCACCCUGGGGGAUCUGAGCUGUGCGGUUCUUACAUCAUACAUUGGACUAUCGGAGCAGGACAAACUAAGAUUCUUAUGUGUUCUGUGCAAUAUCCCCUGUGCAUUGUCUGAAAACCUGGUAGAUAUGUUGAAUGUCGAUUCAAAGGACAGUUUCAACUGUAGGAUCUGUGACUCCAAAUGUCAUGAUAUCGAACCAGAAAGCAAUUCCAGCAUUCUCAAGAGCGAUGAACUAUGUCAGAUCUUGAAUCACAUCAUUUCCAACCUUUCACGGACUGCAAACCUGAGAAUAGCUGCGACAGUUGCGUUAAGAAGGACGUUGAUGCAUACUUUCGACCCAGCUCAUAUGCAGCUUGCAUCUUCUGCUUUUGGCGAAUUUUGCCUCAAUUCUCUCAGGAGCUCUGUCAGAGAGCUACGUCUUACUACAGGACAUUCGAUAACCUCGUUCGUUCGUAGAGAUCUCGACCACGAAACCCGACGAGGUAAUUUCAUUGUCAUUCUGGACUGGUUGCAGAGCCUCUCUGAGAAACAGGAGACGCCAUUACAUGAGACAUGUAUUCUUACUUUAUGUCAUCUGGCGCAGUUUUCUAACGACGAAGAGAUGAAUAUCAUACUUCUUCGUCUGGUAGAGUACCUUGGACAUCCGAACCCGUUUAUAGGGGCGGUGGCUUAUACCGAACUCUCAGGGCUCGCACAACAUCUUUCUGUCACUCCGGCCGCCUUGUUCAGGCCUUUUUGGAGGACCUUGUCAGUGACCGUUGUGAGAAAUUUUCAGUCUCGCCCCUACAUGGCAGAACAGCUCUGCGACCUCCUGGGUAUGAAAGUGGAUGACUUCCUCAGAUUGACAGAGACCUAUGUCCUUCCAUAUCUGGUACUUACCCGGAAGCGCGAUGUGAUCAUCAGAGUUGGGGCAACGUACAAGGACGCGAAGACACCAUUCGAUAUUUGCUCAGAGAAGAACAAUCUUGCAUCGAUACUCGCUUUUUUGCUGAGCCAACCAUCGCCGAAUCCAGAAGAAUCCGUCAUGUCCGCUUUGUCGGAAGUUGAUGCUGCCUUUAGGGGCCGUACUCUGGCUGAGCUUUUGAGGAUUGAGCCGAUACUGAUUGCCUGUGACCUACUCAAAGGCCUUGGCGACUUGGGGGAGGACAAAGGCAAGAGGUUUCUCCGCGCACUUCAUCUUUUAGCCGUCCUUGUUCCACGAAAGUCAGGUCACACACCAAGACGAGCGAACCUUAUAGGAUACUUCAUUGAGGAGCAUGUCCUUGGAAUCAUUACACAGUUCGCUCAUGCUGUAAAUGACUUCCAAAUCAGACAACCUCUGAUUGAGAAAAAAAGGAACAUUGCAGCGAUUGGAGAGAUGAUAAAGGUUGCUCGUGGCCAUAUCAGUAGCGCCUUACCUCAGAUAUGCGCAUGUUUACGAGCUGCUCUUGAAAUUCAAGAGCUGUGUAAUAAUGCAAUCACCGUCUGGAGAGUCCUGAUCAUUUCCCUGCAAGAAGAGGAAGUUGAGCCCCUCAUCGAUCAGACACUAUCAAUUGUGAUCAGAUACUGGGACAUGUUCACUGAGGAUACAAGGAAGCAAGCGUACGAACUCGUUGAAUACAUCAUGCAGUCUCACCAUGAGUUGGUACGCGAUAUCUUCAAUACCAUGCCCUCGCUAGCUUCAAUUCCAAUACUCGACAAGCAUGAAGCCACGCUUAAUAGCAUGAAAGAGAAGAUGGAUGUACGAAGCCAUUUCCUUGCAUUCAUUCGUCGUUGUCAAAGUGAUACUGCAACGGUUGUUGAGCAAUCCUUGCAUGAGCUAGUUCCUUAUCUCUCCCAGAAUGAAGAGUUCAUUCAUAGAUCUGUUCUCAGUGAGAUUCCAGAUCCAGUUGUUGCACAGCUAACACGGUCAUUGCUCGAUUGUUGUGUGAAAUUUAACACUAGCUCCGAUGUUAUAACCAAGUUAUCGGCUGAAUGUCUAGGCUUGAUCGGCUGUCUUGACCCUAACCGAGUGGACACGGUGAAAGAAAAGAAAGGGAUUCUGGUUUUGUCUAACUUCGACAGCAUGGAAGAGACCUUUGACUUCAUACUUUUCUUCCUCCAGAACGUGUUAGUCGAGACGUUCCUAUCAGCUUCAAAUACUAGAGCUCAAGGAUUUCUUGCAUAUGCGAUGCAGAACCUACUUAGGUUCUGCGGUCUUGAUUCAGCCGUGGCCAAUCGAUCGCGUGACUUCCGAGCCGAUGAGAAAUAUCAACGCUGGCUAGAGCUACCUGAAACUGUUCGCAACAUUCUAGCUCCUUUCCUUACCUCAAAGUAUACAGUUACCAUUGGGACCCUAAACACUAACUGCAGCUAUCCCUUGUUCACAGCUGGAUUGACACAUGGCAACUGGCUACGGACCUUUGUGCAAGAUCUAUUGCAAGCCGGGAACGGUGACAAUGCGAAAUUAGUAUUCAGUGUUUGCAGCCGCAUUGUGAAGGGCCAAGACAUCUCAAUAGCAUCUUUUUUGCUGCCAUUCGCGGUCCUUAACCGUACGGUUUCUGGGAGCCCACAAGAGAAAGAAGAUCUACGCUGUGAGCUAGUGAAUGUCCUGUCACACCCAUUACCCGACACACACGACUAUGUAUAUGAGAACAUCAUAUUGUGCAGUCAGAGCAUUUUCGAGGUCCUCGACUACCUUUCAAGGUGGCUACAGGGCAAAAAGAAACAGAUAAAUAGUCUCAGGAACCCCAGCCAUCCUUCAAAUCGUAACCACAAGGGAACAUCUCGCGAUGCUUUGUUAGACACCUACCAUUCGCAAGCCAAAGCUGUAGAGAUACUUCUGAGUUCAAUACCUCCAGAGGUCAUCUCCAAGAGGGCUGUUGAGUGCAAAUCAUUCUCACGGGCUCUGUUCCAUUGGGAGCAAUACAUCCGACAGUGGAAAAACCAGCAUUCUAAGCAAGGAGGCGCCGCCGUCGAACCUCUCUACCAGCGAUUACAAGAUAUCUACAGCCGAAUCGACGAACCAGACGGUAUCGAAGGAAUUUCAAGCCAUCUACACGUGUUAAACAUCGAUCAGCAGGUACUUGAGCAUCGAAAGGCAGGAAGGUGGGCUACCGCACAAAGCUGGUAUGAAUUGCAACUUGAGAAAGAACCAAAUGAUAGCGAAGCACAGUGGGGUCUACUCGCAUGUCUCAAGGAAUCUGGACAACAAGAUGCCAUUCUCACGCGGUUCGAGAUCUUGAAAGCAAAUAAUUCAUCUAGAAAGUUUCUACCUUUUGCAGUAGAAGCGACCUGGAUCACAAGUAAUUGGGGAAAGCUAAAUGAGUAUCUUCAGCAGCUCUCGCGGUUGGGUAGGGGGGAAUUCAAUAUUGAAAUUGGAUUGGCCCUCAAUGCUUUCCGGCAAGGCAAGUAUACGGAAUUUUGGGAACAUAUAGAGGCCUUACGACUCAGUGUGGCCAAGUCCCUAACAGCCAACUCCGUGGUUUCGUUGCAGUCAUGCCAUGAUAGCAUUCUCAAGCUACAUACUCUACACGAGGUAGAGUCUAUAGCUCGCGCUAAAUUUGAGGAUAGUGAGAGCAAUGACUCGCGCACAAAGCUACCUGAUAUACUGGAUCGACGUUUGGACAUCCUUGGGGGCUACAUCUCUGAUAAGCAAUAUCUCUUAGGCCUCAGAAGGGCUACGAUGGAGCUAACGAACGAAUUUACCGAUUCCGACAUAGCCGCUGCUUGGCUAACUAGUGCACGUCUGUCGCGCAAAGGCAACUUCACCAAUCAAGCCUACCAGUCGAUGCUACAUGCAGCUCGUCUUAACGAUCGAUCUGCCACUAUUGAGCACGCACGGCUCCUCUGGAAAGACGGUCAUCAUCGAAAAGCAAUACAAACACUGGAAGGCGCAAUUACUGCUAAUGAGUUCUCGUCAGAAACAGCCACAUCUCAAGAGCGUACCUCAUCGCUAAUUGCAAAUAAUGGUGAACAUCAAAAUAUGCUCUUGGCUCGAGCACAUCUGCUCCUGGCCAAGUGGACAGACAGGGCAGGGCAAACACAAUCAGAUGCUAUCGUCCAGAGAUACAGGGAAGCUAUAAAGCUCCACCCUAGGUGGGAGAAGGCUCAUUACUACCUAGGCAAGCACUACAACAAAAUCCUGGAUUUGGAAAAAGCAAAACCUCUGGGAAAGGAAGCACAGAUCUACUUGAGUGGCGAGGCCUCAAAACUAGUUGUUGACAAUUACCUCCGGUCAUUGGCCCAUGGCAACAAAUACGUAUUCCAGUCCUUGCCCAAAAUCUUGACACUCUGGCUAGAACACGCUUCUACCGUCGACCAGCCGUUUGAUCCAAAGAGAGGCGACAACGAGAUCCCGGCUGCGCUGCUCUUCACCAUUCUCCCUCAAGUUGUUGCUAGGAUAUGUCACCCAAAUACGACAGUAUACGACUUAUUGACCAAGAUCGUAGCCAGGGCAGUUAACUCAUUUCCCCAACAAGGGCUAUGGACUGUCCUCGCAGUGGUUAAGUCCUCUUCCAAGGACCGGGCAUCCAGAGGAAUAAACUGCCUGCAGAAGAUUACGGAAGUCAACAAGAAACUGAAAAAUCAGCCAUCGUCAGAUAUACGUGGCAUGAUAAAUCAAGGACAGAAGUUCUCAGAGGAAAUGCUAAGGUUGUGUAUAGCUCGCAUCGAAGACAAAGUCCUGAGAGUCAGUCUGCGUGAUCUGAAGUUCAGUCAUAAGGUGGCGCCUUGUAGGCUUGUGGUGCCGUUCCAAGCAAUGUUAACGCCGACGCUACCAGCCAGCCAUAAACCUGAAUACCUGAAAGGUUUCAGGGCCUUCCCUAGGGAUCCUACGACUAUUGAAGCCAUACUGGACGAUGUGCAGGUCUUGAAUUCUCUCCAGAAACCACGAAGGAUAGGGAUCCGGGGCUCAGACGGAAAAGUAUACAACAUUCUGUGCAAACCCAAGGAUGACCUGCGCAAAGAUCAACGGCUCAUGGAAUUCAACAACAUGAUCAAUCGGCUCUUCAAAAAGGAUGUGGAAUCGAGUAAACGACGGAUGUAUAUCAAAACGUACGCUGUGACACCGCUGAACGAAGAAUGCGGGCUAAUCGAAUGGGUCGAUAACCUUCGUGCUUUGAGGGACAUUGUUAUCAAGCUCUUGAGAGAGAGAGGCAUCGCGCCAAACUAUAAUGAGAUCAGACACGACCUGAACGAAGCAUGCUCCGACAACUCAAAACUCCAUCUUUUCACAACAAAAGUUUUGUCAAAGUUUCCUCCAGUUCUGUAUGAAUGGUUCAUUGAAAUGUUUCCUGAAGCAGGAUCAUGGUUUGCUGCCAGAAUUCGCUAUACUCGUUCCUGUGCUGUUAUGUCCAUGGUUGGGCAUGUCCUAGGGUUAGGUGAUCGACAUGGUGAAAAUAUACUGUUCGAGGAAGGCACGGGAGGUGUUUUACAUGUCGACUUCAAUUGCCUUUUCGACAAGGGAUUGACAUUCGAUAUACCUGAAUUGGUUCCGUUUCGUUUGACCCAAAACAUGGUUGAUGCGUUCGGUGCCUAUGGAUACAAUGGUCCGUUCCGCAAGACAUGUGAAAUUAGUCUUGGUCUACUUCGCCACAACGAAGACGCACUCAUGACCGUUCUGGAGACGUUCUUGCAUGACCCUACCACGGACUUCAUCGGGAAGAAGGUAAGCACCACCCAAGAUGUACACGCUCACGUUGCUGAUAAACAGAAGCGUCGUACACAUGCCAAUGCCCCAGAGACACCUGCCGGUGUUUUAGAGAAUGUUCGCAACAAACUUCGUGGCCUUCUACCUGGGGAAUCAGUCCCCCUUUCGGUAGACGGUCACGUAGACGAACUAAUUGUACAAGCAACGGAUGUAAAGAAUCUAGCUGCUAUGUAUAUUGGCUGGUGCGCCUUUUUCUAG